AUGCAUUUUCUCUCCUCAUUGUUGGAGGCUGCGUCACAUCGGUUGGUCUUAACCACUAUCAUCGGCUCCUUGACUCCACAUAUAUUUCUUAUGUUGUCUAUCCUCAGUGGAACUGUUGGAGUUUGGGAUGCCCUUAAAGUGCAAAUCGCACUUAUUGCUUGGAUUAUGGUAGUGCUACUCCUACUUGGUGUAGCUUUGGUGGCUUGCCCACCACCAUUUUCUGUUGGUCACUGGUUUCUCCUUGGUGGUUGUCGGCUUGCUAUGGUGGCGCAGCUUGUGACUUGGGCUAUGUCUGUAUGCAUUGCAUUUUGUGUGAACUCAAUUAUUUGA